AACGUCACAACACUGACAGUUCCGCAUUGCCAAAUUUCAACCUGUGGCUUUUCUUAUUUCGUUAAAGAGAUUCGUGUGAUUCCAGGACGGCUAGAACUGAGGUUUCACACUCGUGUCCAGGUGUUUCCCCUAGUUGGGUGUCACGUGAGCUAAUCAGCUGACUGCUGAGGUAAAGAGAGAUGCAGGCAAUAAGAAAUGUCUUCCGAGGGGCCUGGUCCUCCGCGGAGAGACUCGAGGACCGGACGGUCCUCAUCACCGGGGCCAACACCGGGAUCGGCAAGGAGACCGCCAUCGACCUGGCAAAGAGAGGGGCAAAGGUCAUCAUGGCGUGCAGGGACAUGGAGCGAGCUCAGGCCGCCGUGAAGGAAGUCAUUGAAAUCUCGGGCAGCGAAAAUGUCGUGUGCAUGAAACUCGACCUGGCCGACAGCAAGUCGAUUAGAGAAUUCGCCGAAGCCGUCAACAAAGGUGAGCCGAAGCUCAACAUCCUCAUCAACAACGCCGGCGUGAUGGUUUGUCCUUACGGGAAAACUGCCGACGGCUUUGAGAUGCAGAUCGGUGUCAAUCACUUCGGUCACUUCCUGUUGACGAAUCUGUUGAUCGGCCUGAUUAAGAGAUCCGCACCGGCCAGGAUCGUCACGGUGUCCUCCAUGGCUCACUCCUGGGGCUCCAUCAACCUGGAGGACAUCAACAGCGAGAAGAGCUACGACAAGAAGGGCGCCUACUCUCAGAGCAAGCUCGCCAACGUCCUCUUCACCCGCUCGCUGGCCCACAAACUGGAAGGUACGGGCGUGACGACGUAUUCUCUCCACCCCGGAGUCGUGCAGACGGAUCUGUGGCGCCACCUGAGCGGCCCGCAACAGUUUGUGAUGAAGAUGGUCAGCCCCUUCACCAAAAGCUCCUCCCAGGGAGCUCAGACGAGCAUUUACUGCGCGGUGGAACCGUCGCUGGGGAAGGAGAGCGGCGGAUACUACAGCGACUGCGCUCCGGCCAACUGCUCAGCGGCCGGCAAAGACGACGUCCUGGCGCAGAAGUUCUGGGACCUGAGCUGCGAGAUGCUGUCGGUGACGUGGGAAUGAGGCUGAGGGAAUGAGGCUGAGGGAAUGAGGCGCGGUGGGAAUGAGGCUGAGGGAAUGAGGCGCGGUGGGAAUGAGGCUGAGGGAAUGAGGCACGGUGGGAAUGAGGCGCGGUGGUAAUGAGGCGCAGUGGGAAUGAGGCGCGGUGGGAAUGAGGCUGAGGGAAUGAGGCGCGGUGGGAAUGAGGCGCGGUGGGAAUGAGGCUGAGGGAAUGAGGCACGGUGGGAAUGAGGCACGGUGGGAAUGAGGCACGGUGGGAAUGAGGCACGGUGGGAAUGAGGCGCAGUGGGAAUGAGGCUGAGGGAAUGAGGCGCGGUGGGAAUGAGGCGCGGUGGGAAUGAGGCACGGUGGGAAUGAGGCUGAGGGAAUGAGGCGCGGUGGGAAUGAGGCGCGGUGGGAAUGAGGCACGGUGGGAAUGAGGCGCGGUGGGAAUGAGGCUGAGGGAAUGAGGCGCAGUGGGAAUGAGGCUGAGGGAAUGAGGCGCGGUGGGAAUGAGGCGCGGUGGGAAUGAGGCAUGGUGGGAAUGAGGCACGAUGGGAAUGAGGCGCGGUGGGAAUGAGGCACGGUGGGAAUGAGGCGCGGUGGGAAUGAGGCACGGUGGGAAUGAGGCGCGGUGGGAAUGAGGCGCAGUGGGAAUGAGGCUGAGGGAAUGAGGCACGGUGGGAAUGAGGCUGAGGGAAUGAGGCGCAGUGGGAAUGAGGCGCAGUGGGAAUGAGGCGCAGGGAAUGAGGCACGGUGGGAAUGAGGCACGGUGGGAAUGAGGCACAGGGAAUGAGGCACGGUGGGAAUGAGGCUGAGGGAAUGAGGCGCAGUGGGAAUGAGGCGCAGUGGGAAUGAGGCGCAGUGGGAAUACGGCUGAGGGAAUGAGGCACAGUGGGAAUGAGGCACAGUGGGAAUGAUGAUGGAUCCCUCGGCUUCCUGCGUUUUCCUCUGCAGCACGUGUCACCGAUGCUGCAUCGGCGAAACAUCUCGAUACGAGUUACAUAUUCUAGCAGCACUUUUGAUGUUUAUACUAACAUGCAGUUUUCACAUAACGCUCACGGCACCUAUUAUCCAUUAAAGAAAAUACUAGUAAAUUAUAUAACGUAUGUAAAGAUUGUGAUUUCUAUUUUGAUAAUGUGAUUGCACUCUCGAAUACUUUUCUAUCACGUGUUUUUAUAAUCGCUUUUGGAGGAGAUGUCUGGAUAACAUCGUGGAAUGAUUCAUAAAGGUGUCAGACUACAGGAGUUUCUUCAUGUCGCUAAUGUUUUGUCUGUGUUUUCUGGCAUUAAACACGGUGUCACGAUC